UGACAUAUUUUCCAUUAGGUAGUGGUAAGCUGCAGUUGAGAGUUGAGACAAGUUCAAAUUGUUGUAAAUAUGUACUAAACAAACAUAAAACUCAUUUGAUAUGUCAAAUUGUUUUUGAAUUUUCGCCAAAUUUGUGUUGUAAAUAUGCAACUAGUGAAUUGCAUUAUUUGAAGCUGAAGCGCAAAAGAACAAAGAACUAUCUGCUUUUUACUGUAAGCUUUUAUUUACGGAGGAAAGCAAUUAAUAUAGGUAUACUUUUAGACCACAUUGUAUUCAACAAUGGCUGGAGAAGAUCUGUCUGACUUAACUUCAAUAAACAACUUACCAGAUGAACUAAUAGUCUUGUUUUUCAAAUAUCUUUCUCUGGAAGAUAUUCUUAUGUGUGAAGAUGUAUCCAAAAGAUGGAGAAAAUUGGCUUUGGAUCCCAUCUUGUGGAGACAAUUUGUUAUUGUCUUUUCAGGGAAACCUGGACAAAGUGAAGUAAGUGAGAAAAAUUUGGAGAUAAUAUCAACACACAGUGACUUUAUUUAUUCAUUGAAAAUACAGUAUGUUUACAACUAUUCAGACAUAGAGAGCAUUUUGGAAAAAUGUCACAAUUUAAUUUCACUAGAACUAGUCAUGUGUAGAAUAAGUAAGAACUUUGAGGGUGAUUUAAUAAAUCGGACACAUUUAAGGAAACUUAGUUUGAAGAAUUCUAUUCAGCUAUCUAGUGAAGUGGAUUGGUUAUUCCCAUUUAAUCAUCUUAAAGAGCUAAAAUAUUUGGCCUUGUCAGAUUUUGGACUUGCUCCUGGUAAUUGUAAUAUGUUGCUGGAAUGCAAGAAUUUGUCCCACAUAUAUAUUGAAAAGAUUAGGGAUUUAAACUUAGAUUUUGUGAAAAAUUUAAUUUUAUCAAAAGAAAACAUCUUAGAAACUUUGCAUAUACAUGGUGGGGAUUCUGUUGAUGAUUCUUGCUUAAAAAUGCUGUCCAGAUGUACACAACUAAGAGAUUUGGCUAUUAUAAGAUGUGAAAAUCUUACCGAUGUAGGACUUUUAGCUUUAAUACAUUUCAAGAAAUUAGAACACUUACAAAUAUGGAACAACAACAAUUUCUCAGAAAUGGUACUCUUAAAAACUUUGGGCAGUGCUACUUUAAUAACAUUAGAAAGUCUCAGUUUGUCUAGAGUGAAGAAUAUUUCACCUGUAAUAGUUGAUAUAAUAUCAGAGUACUAUAAAAAUUUAAAGUUUUUGGCAUUAUACCAGUGCCCUCGAAUUAUUAACACAGAUUAUGAGAAACAACUAAAAUCCAAAUUUAGGAACAUAGAUGUUGUGCUCUAUUGAUUUUGAAAUCUAAUUAACAAGAUUGUUCAAAUAAUAUGUUUAAUGCAUAACUUUGAUAUGAUUUGUUAAAAAAAAUACUAGGUUGACAGAGUAACUGAUAUAUUAUUUUUUCUGUGAUAUUAGUGUUAUAAUUAAUGAUUGUAGAAUGUAUCUUUUAUUAAUAUAUUAUUUUAAAACUUGUUGAAUUUUGAUUUAAUUGAAAGGGUGUGGUACUCCUUUGAGGAAGGAAAGACAUUUUUUUUAAAUGUUUUGAUGUUGUCUAUUAAUACCUGUCUAAAUCACAUUUAUUUUUAAAGUGACAGGCUGGGUGAUUAAUAAUUAAAAUAAAAGCUUCUGUCAAAAAUGAUUUGAGCAUACCCCCCAGCAGUGUUCGGAACCGUACGGUAAUUUCAUAUCUACGUACGAUGGUACUCGACUAUCGUACGCAGAUUGUACGAUAAUUUCCAUUCUAAUGAAAAAUUUGAUGAUUACACAGAUAGCCAAUAGCCCAAUAACAAUUACAGUUUUUAAUGUUAGUGCCAUCUAUUGGCUCAUUUUUUUUAGGAACAUAAUAUGCUGACACAAGUUGAAUACAGUCGGAUGAACAAAGCGUUAACUUAAUACUCAAGUUUUCAUAAAUAAAUAAUAUAUUUAUGUUUUUAUUUUCUGAAGAUAAGUAAGACAUGAAUUUCAGGAUUAAAGUAUAUGCAAAA